AUGGAGUCGGUGGGAGUGGCUAGCAAAGCGCCCAUGCAACUUUUGAUGGUGGUGGUGACACUGCUGGCAAUUUGGGUAUAUCACUUGUCCGAAGGGGGAGCGUGUGGUUAUGGGAACUUGUAUAGCCAGGGUUAUGGAACUAACACUGUGGCUCUAAGCACUGCACUUUUCAACAAUGGCUUGAACAGUGGUGCAUGCUAUCAAAUGAGGUGCAACCAAGACCCAAAAUGGUGCCUACCUGCCAUCAUCGUCACCGCCACUGCCACAAACUUUUGUUCACCUAACCAUGCUCUAGCUAAUAACAACGGUGGGUGUUGCAAUCCCCCUCUCCAACACUUCGACUUAGAAGAGCUUGCUUUCUUGCCAAUUGUACAGUGGGAUCGUUCCAGUCCUCUACAGAAGGUAUGGAUUAAAUUAAUUUCAAGGGUCACAGGUGUGAAGAAAGGAGGAAUGAGGUUCACAAUCAACGACCAUUCUUACUUCAACUUGGUGUUGAUAACUCAUGUUGGUAGCGCUGGGGACAUCCAUUCGGCGUAG